CCCUCGGCGCCGCGCUGGGCAUGCUCAGUCGGCAGGGCCGCUUCAGCUCUUGGAGUAGGAAGCUUGGGCUCUCCGGCUGAAAGGAGCCGCGGCGGGGGGAAAAUGGAUCCCUUCACGGAUGAUCGCCUUCAGCUCCCCAGGAAUAUGAUUGAAAACAGCAUGUUUGAGGAAGAACCAGAUGUGGUGGAUUUAGCCAAAGAACCUUGUUUACAUCCUCUAGAGCCUGAUGAGGUGGAAUAUGAGCCCCGGGGUUCACGACUGCUGGUGCGGGGUCUUGGUGAGCAUGAGAUGGAUGAGGACGAAGAGGAUUAUGAGUCGUCCGCAAAGCUGCUGGGCAUGUCCUUCAUGAACAGGAGCUCGGGCCUUCGAAACAGUGCAGCCGGCUACAGGCAGAGCUCAGAUGGGACUUGUUCAGUACCGUCUGCGAGGACCAUGGUGGUCUGUGCUUUUGUCAUUGUGGUUGCUGUGUCUGUAAUCAUGGUGAUUUAUCUACUGCCCAGAUGUACCUUUACUAAAGAAGGCUGCCACAAAAAAAACCAAUCAAUGGGAUUAAUUCAGCCAAUUGCAACUAAUGGGAAGUUGUUUCCAUGGGCACAAAUCAGGCUUCCCACUGCCAUUAUGCCAGUACGCUAUGAACUUAACCUACACCCGAACCUAACCUCGAUGACAUUCAGGGGCUCUGUGACGAUUUCACUUCAGGCUCUCCAGGCCACAUGGAACAUAGUUCUUCACAGCACAGGCCAUAAUAUUUCAAGAGUGACCUUUAUGUCAGCAGUUUCAAGCCAAGAAAAACAAGUCGAUGUCCUGGAAUAUCCAUUUCAUGAACAAAUCGCCAUUGUUGCCCCCGAGGCCCUUCUUGAAGGGCACAAUUAUACCUUGAAGAUAGAGUAUUCGGCAAAUAUAUCUAGUUCUUACUAUGGGUUUUAUGGCAUCUCCUACACAGAUGAAAGUAAUGAGAAAAAGUACUUUGCAGCAACUCAGUUUGAACCCUUGGCAGCAAGAUCUGCUUUUCCUUGUUUUGAUGAACCAGCAUUUAAAGCCACAUUUAUCAUCAGGAUCAUAAGAGAUGAGCAAUACACUGCUUUAUCAAAUAUGCCUAAGAAGUCAUCAGUCAUUAUGGAAGAUGGACUUGUUCAGGAUGAGUUUUCUGAGAGUGUGAAGAUGAGCACUUACCUGGUUGCUUUCGUUGUGGGGGAGUUGAAGAAUCUGAGUCAGGACAUAAAUGGAACCCUGGUUUCUAUAUAUGCUGUCCCAGAAAAGAUUGGUCAAGUUCACCAUGCCUUGGAAACAACUGUGAAGCUUCUUGAGUUUUAUCAAAACUACUUUGAAAUUCAAUACCCACUAAAGAAACUGGAUUUGGUGGCUAUUCCUGACUUUGAAGCAGGAGCAAUGGAAAAUUGGGGUUUGCUCACCUUCCGGGAAGAGACACUUCUGUAUGAUAAUAAUACUUCUUCAGUGGUGGAUAAAAAGCUGGUUACUAAAAUCAUCGCUCAUGAGCUGGCCCAUCAGUGGUUUGGUAAUCUGGUAACAAUGCAGUGGUGGAACGAUGUAUGGCUAAAUGAAGGUUUUGCUACUUUCAUGGAGUAUUUCUCUUUGGAAAAAAUAUUCGGAGAGCUCUCCAGUUAUGAAGAUUUCUUAGAUGCUCGAUUUAAAACCCUGAAGAAAGAUUCCUUGAAUUCAUCUCAUCCAAUAUCAUCAUUAUCUGUUCAGUCUUCAGAACAGAUUGAAGAAAUGUUUGAUUCUCUUUCCUAUUUUAAGGGAGCUUCUCUGUUGUUGAUGCUGAAAACUUACCUUAGUGAAGAUGUAUUUCAACAUGCUAUUGUUCUUUACCUGCAUAAUCAUAGCUAUGCAUCCAUUCACAGUGAUGCUCUGUGGGAUAGUUUUAAUGAGGUCUCAAACAAAACACUAGACGUAAGGAAAAUGAUGAAAACCUGGACCCUGCAGAAAGGAUUUCCUUUAGUGACUGUUCAAAGAAAAGGAAAGGAACUUCUGGUGCAACAAGAAAGAUUUUCUUUAAAUAUGAAGCCUGAAAUGCAGCCUUCAGAUGCAAGCUCUCUGUGGCAUAUUCCACUAUCCUAUGUCACUGAUGAAGGAAAUUAUUCAAAGUAUCGAUCAGUAUCAUUACUGGACAAGAAAUCAGUUGUCAUCAAUCUCACAGAAGAAGUGAAGUGGAUCAAGGUCAAUACGGACAUGACUGGCUAUUAUAUUGUACAUUAUGCAGACAACAACUGGGAAGCACUGAUCAAACAGUUGAAAAUAAAUCCUUUUGUCCUGAGUGACAAAGAUCGAGCCAGCCUCAUCAACAACAUCUUUGAACUUGCAGGCCUAGGCAAGGUGCCUCUUCAGAGAGCUUUUGAUUUGAUUGAUUAUCUUAGAAAUGAGACCUAUACUGCACCCAUCACUGAAGCCCUGUUCCAGACAGAACUCAUCUAUAACCUUGAAGAACUGGGGCACAUGGAUCUGGCCUCAAAACUGGUGACCAAGGUAUUUAAAUUGCUUCAAAGGCAAAUCCAACAGCAGACGUGGACUGAUGAGGGCAGCCCAUCUGUUCGGGAACUGCGAUCAGCCUUGCUAGACUUUGCUUGCACCCACAGCCUGGAGAACUGCAGCACUGCCGCCAUGAAGCUGUUUAACGACUGGGUGGCAUCCAAUGGAACUCAGAGCCUACCCACUGAUGUCAUGACGACUGUGUUCAAGGUUGGAGCGAAAACUGAGAGAGGCUGGUCAUUCCUCUUAAGCAAAUAUGCCUCUGUAGGCUCCGAAGCAGAGAAGAAUAAAAUACUUGAAGCUCUUGCCAGCUCAGAGGAUGUACGGAAACUUUACUGGUUAAUGAAAAGUAGCCUCGAUGGAGAUACCAUCCGAACACAAAAGCUGUCGUUUAUCAUUAGAACAGUGGGCCGGCAUUUUCCUGGACACUUACUGGCGUGGGAUUUUGUCAAAGAGAACUGGAGUAAGCUUGUACAGAAGUUCCAUCUGGGGUCCUAUACCAUACAAAGUAUUGUUGCUGGAUCAACUCACCUGUUUUCAACAAAGGCACAUUUAUCUGAGGUCCAGGCAUUCUUUGAAAAUCAGUCAGAGGCAACCUUUCGACUUCGUUGUGUCCAGGAGGCUUUGGAAGUCAUUCAGCUGAACAUCCAGUGGGUGGAAAAGAACCUUAAAACGCUGACGUUUUAGCUGUAGCAUGCAUACCUGCACCUCAUUUGGUCACCCAUUCAGACAGCUUGUUAACUUGGGCUCUGCUGCUUUUGCAAAAGCCAAGGUGAAACCAGGAUAGCUGCUGAGUUGUUUGCACUCUUAGGAGUUAUAGUUUGCUCAGGGCCCGUCUGUAUUUUUCAUCUGUCUUUUCUAAAAUGUCUUUGGGCAGUGUGUAGUUAUUUAUUACCAAAUUAUAUUCACCUACAUGCCAACCAUCUACAAAAACAAUGGGUAAUUUUCUACUUUGAAGAUAUUCAAAUGGAGAAAAAAUACCUGUUUUGGAAUUCUGUUCUCUCUCUCAGUAUCUGGAAAGUGCUGACACCGUGAAAUAAGGAAAGAGCUACCACAGGAGCCACCAUCUUUGCAGGCUGCUGGUUUAUUAGCCACUUGUUGCUUCUUGUUGAGAGAUGUUAUUUGAAUGUGGUUCAAAGUUAGCUUCAAAAAGUAUGGUAAUGAAGUCGACGAAGCAUGCAACUAUACAGAACUGACCUCAAGUGUGCAGAUCUACUUUGACUGGCGGUUUUGAAUAAUCCUUUAUUUUCUGGAAGAAGUUUAUAACUAUUAUAUUUUUUUUCUGAAGAAUAGCCAGGUGCUACAGAAUUUUUAAUUUUUUGUUGUAUUGUAAAGCUAAAUAACAAGACCAAAAGAUUAAAUUUUCCAAAUGUUUAACACUUCCUUUUUCAUCUUUCAGGAAAAUAUUUCAAACUGAGUUAACGUUAAUUACAAUUAUUUUACUUAUGAAUUCCAGUAUUCUCCAAACCUCUGUACACCUUUAUCACUCCCUGCCAUAGAUACACCUUAUGUUAUAAAUAAGUAUUUCUACAUUUAUGGCAACCAUUUUUUUAAUACUGAUGUCUCUUAUCCUGACUUUAUUACUAAGAAUACAAUUUGUUUAAGUUGCUUUUUGGCAUAAUCGUAGACACUUUCUCUGAAUCAUACCCGUUGGGUGGAUUUUCAUUUUAUAUGAUAGAGUUGCAUAUUAGAAGCAUAUUUUAAAAUAGGGCCUUUGAGAAAUUGAACAUUUUUAUUUAAAGUUCACCACAGUACCUUAAAGGAAUAAAGAGAAUGUGGGUAGGAGUAGCUUGAUUUAGGUUUAAUAUGGUGGGCUUUGAAUUUUUUCUACUGUCAGAACCAGUACUUUUCUUGAGUUGAAAAAUCAAAGUUUUCUUUUGUAAUGGCCAAACUAACAGAUUAUAAGGCAUCGCCAUGGAAGGAAAGAAGAAAGAGAGAGAGGAAAGCAUCCAAAACUGUAUCGCAGUCUUACUCCUUCUAAAGGAGGAAUACCGUACUUGAAUUUUUCGAGCUAUGCAGACUUAUACCUAGAUUGUUGUGUUUCUUUGAUUCUUAGGAGAAAAGCUUUCUUCGUAAUAAUUCUUGUACUUUAUAUUUUGCUUGAAAACAUCUACAUAUAUAAAGAGGAUAUUUACCCAUUUUUCACCUAAGAUUUUCCCAUGGAAUUCCAUCCUUUUUAAUGUUAUGCUAUCCCAUCUAUAUGGGGCUUCCAAAAACUAACUCUAAGUCAGGAAUAUAAGGUUAAAUAAUAGGUAGAACAUGUAGUAUAAUAAGUAUUAUUGGAGCUUUUGAAGUUUUUUUCCCCCAGAAUUUUAUUUCACCACUGUAUUUCUGAGAACUCAAAUAGAUUGAAGCACAGCAGAAUAGGAUUCUGUCUUACAUGAGCACAUAGAUCCAGGACACAAUUAAGUACUGUUUGACAAGUGUUAUAUUCAUUGCAGAGAGACGGUCUACUUGAAUUAGUAAAAAGACACAUCAUACUAGAUUACUAUUAUGAUGUGCCUUCUUAUUGUAGAAGAAAACAAUGUAUGCUUUGGAGGUCUGAAAGGCUAUGAAAGUAGAAAUCUAAGGAGUCCAGUUUGUUUAUAUCUAAUCACUUGUUAAUACCAAGUGAUUAGACAUAAUUAAACUGAAGUAGUGUCAGCUGCCACCGUAAGUUUGUGCCUUCCUCCAUCUUGUUUUAUAUAAAUCUCUUUAAGUGAAAUUGUGUUGUUUGCCAUUGUUUUGGUGUUCAUGAACUUUCGUACUGUCACUGGUUCUACUUAAUGCUAAUGUCCUUUGCCUUUCGUGUUUUCAUUUUACUGUACUUUAGCCACUGUAGGAACAAAGAGCUGUCAGAAGAGUUCUGGGUAUAUAGAGGAUAUUGAGCCGCAUCAGUCUUACUGGGUACAGAACAGAAUCCUUUCUGAAUAUUGGAAAGAAAGAAAUGAAAGUUAAGUGAUGAGUUUGUUGGAUUACGGAUAGCCUGUUAUUGAGUUGGAUUUUAAGAGUCUACUCCCUCUAAAGCACCUGGAAUGAUACUCUGCGGUCAGACUGCUGAACAUUCCCAUAGUCCCCAUGUAUUUCAUGGGGCUGCAGGGAAGGUGUAUGCAUCUCAGGAGAUGUGGCAUCAGCAGGAACAGCAGUUCCUGGGCCGAGUUUGCAAAACAAGACCUGAAUUUCGUAGGUGUGAUGUAGCUCUUCUUCUCCCUUUUGCCUUUGUUUUUUUUUUUUUGAAUUGGAAUUAACUCUCUUUUUAAAGAGCUUUCUUCCUCCUUCUGCCCUCACACCCCCAUUUGUACUUUAAAAAGCUUAUGUAAAUAUAUAUAUAUAUUUAUUUUUUUGCUGGGUUUUACUUUCUUUUAUUUUGUGCUUCAUUCUCCACAUUGGCAAGUAAAUACCAAAUGAAAAGUGGAAGUCCAAAAGUAUGAUAAACCUCCUCUUCUCCCUUUCCCUUAUUGCCUGCAUGGGCAAUAGCUAAUAGAAUAGUGGAUUGAUUUCUUUGAGUGGCUCUUUGGGGGUAUAUACUUUUUAAAUGUACGUAUGUGUUUUGAAAUGUUUUUAUAUUCUUUCAUUUUAAUAUAGUUUGUCCUGAUGAAAAGUAAAAUAUUGUCCUGUGAAAAUCUCUUCUACCCUUCCUAUUUUUCCUGUAUGGACAACAGCUACAGAGUAAUUACUUGAUUUCCCUUUUUGGAAGGAGAUGGUAAUAGUGGGAGAAGGGCAGAGUAUGUUCUUUUUAAAAUGUGUACAAAUGUGUUUGCUGCUAUUCUGUGGGUGUUUGAUUUUGUAUUUCCUUCAUCCUUCUCAUGGAUAAGUAGAUAUCUAAUGGACUGUGAAGGUCCAAAACUAUGACAAAUGUCCCAUUUUCCCCUCUUCUUAUUGCCUGUGUGGACAUACUAACAGAGUAGUUGUAGUUUCUGUUGUUUUGAUCUAAUCUGUUCUUGAGGGCAGGGAGAGGGGAGGGUUGUAUAUUCUUCUUUCAAGUGUACGUAAAUGUUAUGCUACUUUUUAUAUUUUUUUAAAAUUUAUUUUAUUUAUUUUUGGCUGCGUUGGGUCUUUGUUGCUGCACGCGGGCUUUCUCUAGCUGCGGUGAGUGGGGGCUACUCUUCGUUGCAGUGCACGGGCUUCUCAUUGCGGUGGCUUCUCUUGUUGCAGAGCAUGGGUUCUAGGCGCAAGGGCUUCAGUAGUUGCAGCAUGCAGGCUCAGUAGUUGUGGCACGAGGGCUCAGUAGUUGUGGCUCACGGGCUCUAGAGCACAGGCUCAGUAGUUGUGGCGCAUGGGCUUAGCUGCUCCACGGCAUGUGGGAUCUUCCCGGACCAGGGCUCAGCAUCAGCAGGCAGACUCUCAACCACUGCGCCACCCGGGAAGCCCUAUGCUACUUUUUAAUAUUUCAUUUUUAUAUGUGUUCCUUUGCAUGAAUGCAUAUAUACUUAAUGAAAACUGAGGUUCAGAGUAUGACAAAUCUCUUUUCCCUUUUCCUUAUUGCCUCCUUGGGCAAUAGCUAGAGUAGUAGUUUUUGUUUUGUGGGGUGGGAGAGAGUGGGGUAUGUACUUAAUGUAUAUAAAUAAAUCUACUACUUUGUAUUAUAACUAAUUAAUUUCAUACUACCUCCUUCUCAUAGGACAUGAAAGUACCUAAUGAGACGUGGAGGUCCACAUGUUUGACAGUCUCCUCUUGUCCCCUUCCCUUGUUGCUCAUGUGGGCAGUGGCUAGUAGUUGAUUAGUUUUAGAGGCUCUUUUGUGGGUAUUGGGGUCCUUUUUAAAUAUAUAUUCAUGUUUUUACUUCCUUAUUAUAGUAUUUCGUUGGGUACCCAGCCCUUCACUUGGACCCGUAGGUUGCUAAUGAACCACAGAGUUCUGGAUGGAUAGCAGUCUUCUCCCUUUCCCUUUUUAUCUGUGUAGGCAAUAAUUUUAAAGUAGUUUGGGCUUUUUGAAGUUUUGGGGGGUGGGAAGGGACUAAGGGCAAGAUAUAUACUUUUGAAAAUUGUAUAUAUACAGUGCUAGUUACUAUAUUGUGUUAUUCCAUUUUGUACCUGUCCCUUGCUUGGACGUGCAGGUACCUAACGAGAUGUGGAAGUCCGGAUGUAUGAAAAUCUCCCCUCUUCCCCUUUCCUUGUUGCCUCUGUGGGCAAUAGUUUUAGAGUAGUGUAGAUUAUUAUUUCUACCUCUAUCACUCCCUCUCCUGGGAGCGUAGGGAUAUGUACUUUUUAAAAUGUAUAUAAAUGGUUUUUGCUCCUUUUUUCUGUUACUUCCUUUUGUACCUAAACCUUUCCAUGGAUACUUAGGUACAUGAUGAAAAUUAAGGUUCAUUCUAUGAAAAAAAUCUCCUCCCCUUCCCUUGUUACCUGUCUAGGCAAUGACUAGUAGCAUGGUUGUUUGGAGUUUUUGUUUUUUUUUUUUUUGGCAGGGUAGUGGGGGAUUUCUGGGUUUGCAUUUUGUUUUCGUGUCUAUAAAUGUUUGCUGCAUUUUUUUGUUCUUUCACUUCAAACCUAGUGUUUUGUUUGGACUUGUAAAUAUCAAAUGUAAUGCAGAGGCCCAGAUCCAGAGAUGUAAUAAAUCUUUUCCCCCUUCCCCUAUAGCCUGUGUAUACCUACAGUAGUAUGAGUACUUGAGGAUUUGGUUUUCUGUUCUUUGUUUUGAGGUUUUUAAUGGGGAAUGAGCUUGUUGGGCAAGAUAUGUAAAUAUUUUAAUGUAUAUAAAUGUUUCUGCCUCUUUAGGUGUUUAUUUCAUUUUGAAUCCAGGUUUUUGCAUAACUAUUUAGGAAUUUAAUGAAAGUUGAGAUUGAUUCAAUGAAAAAUCUCCCUGCUCCCCUUCCCUCAUUGCCUGGUGGGCAAUGGUAGAAGAAUAGAUGUUUGGCUUCUGUUUUUGGAGAGGCAGGGAUGGGAGAGGUCUGGGUGUGUGUGUGUGUACACACUUUUUUUAUACAAAUGUUUGCUACAUUUUGUGUGUUAUUUCACUUAGUACCCAGUCCUUUGCUGGGAUCUGUAGGUACAUAAUGAAACAUGGAGGUCCAGAUGUAUGAUAAAUCUCCUCUACUCCCUUCCCUCACUGCCAACAUGAGCAAUAGUUUAACAAUUUGGGGUUCUUUUUGGUUUUUCUUGUUUUUUUUUUUUUUUUAAGAGGGAGGAAUUAUUGGGUUGAGUAGUAGUUAGUGGGAAAGGACAGGGUAUGAACUUUUAAAAAAUGUGUAUAAAUGUUUCCAUGUUAUUGAUUUUAUACCUAGUCCUUUGGGUAGAUGUCAAGGUACCAGAUGCAAAUUGAGGAGAAGUGUAUGACAGCCUCCCCUUCUCCCCUUCCCCUUGUUGCCUGUGUGGGUAACAGCAAGUAGAAGAGUUGGGCAUUGUUUGCUUACUUGUUUCAUAGAGAUUUAUAUUUUUGGCAGGGGAAUGUUCUUAAUACAUAUGAAUGUUUUCAUUUGUUAUUUUAUUUUGUAUUUAGUCCUUUACAUGGCUAUGUAAGGACUAAUGAAAAUUAAGUUUCAUAGAUUAAGUUACUUCUUCCUUUCCCACAUAUUUGCUCCUUCAGCUGGAGCUAGUGUAGUUGUUUUGUGGUUUUGUUUUAUUCCCUCGGAUAUAUGCCUUUAAAGAUGUAAAUAUAUACAUGCAUAUAUAUGAUUUGCUUUUCUUCCCCCAUUAUUUUCCUUUAAUACUUAGUCCCUUGCAGGGCUCUGAAUGUAUCUAAUUAAAAAUGUCCCACCAGAUCCCUGCCAUCUGACCUAAAGGUGUAGCGUUGUGGUGGUGUAGCUAAUGGCAACAGGCAUGCAGCAGAAAAGAUGCGAGAAGACACUUGGAUAUGGUUGAGUUGUGAAAGCUAAUCAGAUCCAGCAUUUCUUAGGUUGAUUCAAACUGAAUGAAAUGAUGAGAAGGGACGUGUACUUUGGAAAUCCCAAAAAGUCAAAAAAGACGAUACUUCAAGUGUGUUUGUAUAAAUUUUUUUGCUGAUUCAUCUCUUAGUGGUAAGCCAGUUGACAUGCUGCCUAGACCUCACUUGAAGGCCCUUGAGAGUAGCUUUUUUUUUUUUUUUUUUUUGCGGUGCGCGGGCCUCUCACUGUUGGGCCUCUCCCGUUGCGGAGCACAGGCUCCGGACGCGCAGGCUCAGCGGCCAUGGCUCACGGGCCCAGCCGCUCCGCGGCAUGUGGGAUCCUCCCGGACCGGGGCACGAACCCCUGUCCCCUGCAUCGGCAGGCGGACUCUCAACCAUUGUGCCGCCAGGGAAGCCCAGAGUAGCUUCUUUAUGAGGCCUGGAUUCUGACCCAGUUUGUUGCAGUUCCAUCAGUAGCAUAUUCUUGUGUACUCAGUAGAAAUUAUUUUGGUUUCUGGAAUGAAUCUUUUGAGUUAUUGCCAUCAUUCUAGUAAAUGACAACAUGGGCCCCAAAAACUAAUCCGAGAAGAAUUUGGGUGGCAAACCCUGUCUUCAGCACCUUACACAUGGUAGGGCGAGUUGGCCCUUUCCUACCCAGAGCUUUUCUGCGUGGCUGCACCUGUCUCUCCUCACUUCUCCACUAGCUGAACCAUUCCUGUUCAUUCUUCCUUUUUGUCUUCAGUGCUUGCACUGUUAGAUGUUAUCUUAUGGUUUUGCAUGCAUUUCAUACAUCCAGACCUGUUAGCUUUCAGCAUUCUUGAAUCAUUAUUUCACAUUGACUCUUCAUCCACCACAUGGUAAAUGUUAUGACUCCACAUUUGUCUGUAUCUAAGAAAAUGCAUGUGUAAAAUCCAUCCAUGCCUCUCUCUCUCCCUCCAAGCUUCUGAGCACUAUUUGCUUGUUCUGCAAUUUAUAAUGAAUAUAAUGCUGAAGAGUUGCCAUAUUGUUAUUUUAGAAACACUGAGUGAUAGGACUCCUAGAAAGUUUGCAAAGAGAUGUUAUUUACCAUAUCAAACUCUCAGGUUCUAGUGAUGAAAAAUUUGCUUAUACUUGGCUGUUACUUAUACCUGCUGCUGUAGGAAAAAUAAAAGUUUAUUCAUGCCACAUUUAACUUUGAUCAUAAAGAAAAGGGGGCACCUUUUUGGAGUUAGCCAUGGUCAUCUUUCUUUAGCGGUAUUUCUCAACAGUUCUUAAUCUGACAUAGUUCAAAGAAGUAAAGGUCAGGGCUUAGCUGAAUGAAAUGCUCCAGAACUUGAACUGUAUAAAGCAUCAGUACAGUAAUACACUCAUGUGUAUAAAAUGAGAAUUACAGCAUAAUUGGAAUAUUUGCAUUAAUCAACAAACUCACAUUGAGACAAACCAUCUUACAGCUAGCUAGCUAUCUUGAUUAAAGCCAAGUGUUCCAUAUUGCUGUGAAGAAUAGUCUGUCAAAUGCUUUGAAAAGUAAUUACUUCAAAACUUGUAAAAGGUAUCACAUUUUUGUAUUUAAACACUUCUUAUAGAGAUCUCCAAUUCCUUCAAUCUGAGCUUGUGGGUAGAAUUCUAAAUUUGUAUCAUAAUCUUGUCUUUUGUGAAAGAUUUUGAAAAUAGUAUGUAUAUAUAAUAUUAUAUAUGCAAAUUGUGUUUUGUCACUGGUGAAGGGAAAGGCUUAUUUUUCUUUAUACUUCUGAUAACUUGUUUUGCAUAUGACCAGCACUGACUGAAAGGCAUGUGUACCUGCAAACACUGUUGCUUUUUUUGUGAAAUGAAAAUAAAAGUAUUUAAAUAUAAA